UUGACGAAAAAAGAAAAGUAAAGAAAGCUGAGUUUUUGUCGCAGCCUCUCUGUCUCUUGUCCAACAAGAGCAAAGCCUGCCAGAUCGAUCUAAAUCCUUAACUAAACAAAAAAACAAACACCUUACUCACAUUAUACACACAAAUCCCAACACUCUCUCUGUCUGCCUGACAUUUCCGCUAAACAAUCUGAUUCUGAUACCGAUAAGAUAAAAAAGAAGACUUGAUGAAUGAUGUGGAAUGGAAAUAUUGCAUUUUGAGGUGAGACACUGUUGUUGUUGUGAUUGUGGUGGUGAAGGGAUUGUAAAGUUAUGGCUGAAGCAGAUAAAGGAAUAUCAACAGAUAACAUAAAGGGAUUGGUGUUGGCAUUGUCUUCAAGUUUCUUUAUAGGAGCCAGUUUUAUUGUUAAGAAAAAAGGGUUGAAGAAAGCUGGUGCUUCUGGUCUGAGGGCAGGUGCUGGGGGUUAUGCUUACCUCUAUGAACCUCUCUGGUGGAUUGGCAUGAUAACAAUGAUUGUUGGGGAAAUCGCUAAUUUUGCAGCCUAUGCAUUUGCACCAGCUAUUCUAGUCACUCCUCUUGGCGCACUCAGUAUCAUUAUCAGUGCUGUUCUUGCACAUGUUAUGUUACAGGAAAAGUUACACAUUUUUGGGGUUCUCGGUUGUGUUCUUUGUGUCGUGGGUUCAACAUCAAUUGUUCUUCAUGCACCUCAAGAACGUGAGAUUGAGUCUGUGAAGGAAGUGUGGGACCUUGCAACAGAGCCAGCUUUUCUCUUGUAUGCUGCUAUUGUCAUAACAGCAGUUAUAGUAAUUAUCAUCCGUGUUAUACCCCGCUAUGGGCAGACUCAUGUUAUGGUCUAUAUUUCAGUUUGUUCGCUUAUGGGCUCACUAUCGGUCAUGAGUGUCAAAGCACUUGGAAUUGCUUUGAAGCUGACGUUCUCAGGAAUGAAUCAGUUACUAUACCCCCAAACGUGGACAUUUACCUUGGUUGUCCUUGCCUGUGUAAUCACUCAAAUCAAUUACUUAAACAAGGCUCUUGAUACAUUCAACACAGUGGUUGUAUCUCCCAUAUACUAUGUGAUGUUUACUACAUUAACAAUUUUGGCCAGUGUAAUCAUGUUUAAGGAUUGGGAUGGACAGAACGCAUCUCAAAUUGUUACAGAAAUUUGCGGAUUUGUGACAAUCCUUUCUGGGACUUUUCUUCUUCAUAAAACGAAGGACAUGGUUGAAGGCUCAUCACAAUCUCUAUCAUUGCGCCUUCCUAAGCAUGAAGAAGAAGAUGGUGUCCUUGAUCACGAAGGAAUCCCUCUUCGACGACUAGACUCUCUGAGACCAAAAUAGCUGUAUUCUUUGGUUCAUUAUUUUACUGUCAUUCAAGAUCUUGCUUGCUGAUUUGAGGCAUAAUGAGACUUUCAGCCACAGACCUGUAUAUUAUCAGCGCACUUGGCUGGUGCAUUAUAUUCCUUGAGAAAACAAUGGGCAAAGAUGGCAGGGCUUCUCUCUUGGAUAAAAAUGACAUGAUCUCUCUCAGCUGCUGCCAUGUAGACAUUUAGCUUCCCCCUUCCUCCUUUCCCACCCUGGGGGUUGUAAUUUUGAGCACUUUGUUCUUCAUAUUGAACAUUACCUUCAAGUUACAAGGAAAUGCAGUUUACCUUGGAUAUUUUGUAUACAACUAUGAUAUCAGAGAAGAGAUUGGACGAGAUAUUCUGAAACAUUUUUAAGGUAAAACCACGAUUUCUUUCCUUAA